CCGCUUUACCUCUUCUCUCAUACUCAAACCACCGUUGAACACAUCAAUCAUUCAUAUCUCUCUCUCGUCACCCUAAAAGACUUAUUAUUUUAUUUUAUUUUCAAAAUUAAUUAUUGUUACCAUCAUCUCCUUCCUUCAUUCUCCACAGGGAUCAAAGAAAAAAAAUCAAGUGCAUCAUUUUGAAUGGCGUGAAAACUGCGUUAUAUAACAAGUUAUGUAUCAAGCUACGUCUAGCAAAAACGGAGAAUCUUCUUCUUCACAGCCUCCUCAACAACAGCAGAAUGAUAAUGAACCAGAACAGGAGCAACAUGGUGACACAUGUAGUAUUCCUCCUGCGCAGUCUGGAAACAUAGACUCUCGUUCCCGUGGCAGCGCCAACAACAACACGGUAUUCAAGAGUGGACAUUUAUCUAUAUCAUCAAAAGGGCUUGGCUGGACAUCUUGGAAGAAAAGAUGGUUUAUCUUGACGCGUACUUCACUUGUUUUCUUCCGAAGUGACCCGAGCGCAGUCCAACAGAGAGGCGGUGAGGUCAAUUUAACCCUUGGGGGAAUUGAUCUCAACAACUCAGGCAGUGUGGUUGUUAAGGCAGAUAAGAAGCUGUUGACUGUUCUCUUCCCUGAUGGUCGUGAUGGACGUGCCUUUACACUCAGGGUUCCUUCACAACUUUUCUUUUAUAUAUCUCCUCGUUGUUUAUCAAUAUUAUUUGAUAUUUUCUCUUGCUUGCAGGCUGACACUAUGGAGGAUCUACAAGAGUGGAAAACUGCUCUUGAAAACGCUUUGAUGCAAGCUCCUAGUGCUUCCCAUGUUAUGGGUCAAAAUGGUAUCUUCAGGAAUGAUCAUGCACCAGAUGCACCCCCUGCCGAUGUUGAUGAACCCAAAGAAGAGACACCAACAAACUUGACUGUCUUUGGAAGACCAAUACUACUUGCUCUAGAAGAAGUUGAUGGAUCUCCAUCUUUCUUGGAAAAGGCUCUUAGAUUUGUUGAAGAUCAUGGAGCCAAGACAGAAGGAAUCUUGAGACAAGCUGCUGAUGUUGAUGAUGUUAACCAUCGGAUUCGUGAAUAUGAGCAAGGGAGAAAUGAGUUCACUCCCACUGAAGAUGCUCAUGUUAUUGGUGAUUGUCUUAAGACUGUUCUCAGAGAGAUGCCUUCCUCUCCAGUGCCUGCUUCUUGUUGCAACGCCCUUCUUGAAGCUUGCCGUGACCGUGGCCAUAGAGUCAAUGCCAUGCGUGAAGCAAUUUCUGAAUCAUUCCCUGAACCAAAUCGUCGCCUUCUUCAAAGGAUCCUGAUGAUGAUGCUGGUAGUGGCCUCUAACAAAAACGUGAACCGGAUGAACACAAAUGCAGUUGCAGCUUGUAUGGCACCUUUGCUUCUUAGACCUCUUCUCCAUGGUGACUGUGAAAUUGAAAACGAUUUUGAUGUGGGCGGUGAUGGUUCUGCGCAACUUCUGCAAGCAGCUGCUGCAGCUAAUCAUGCACAGGCUAUAGUCAUAACACUGUUAGAAGAUUAUGAAAACAUCUUUGGAGAAGGUUCCUUGUCAGCUGGAUUGUACUCUGAUUCAGAAGAGAGUGGUAGUGGAACCGAGGAGGGAACAGAUGAUGAAGAGUAUGAUGAUGAUGAUGGCACACAAGGAUCUGAGGACUACACAGAUGAGGAAGAGGACCUUGAAGGUGAAUCUGAGGGAUCAUACAGUGAGAGUGAAGCCUUUGCCGACCAUCAUGGCGAUGACAUUGAUCAUCAUGAUGAUGGACAUAAGGCACGGUCCCAUACCAAGAUAAAUGAUAACUUAAGUUCUGAAUCAAAAUCUCCAAAAGGAAGUAUGAAGCCUAAAGUUCCUAAGAAGCUAUUAUCCGGCUCUAACCGGUCUUCGCUACCACGGUAUGCUGAUGAUGAUGCAAGGAAGGAUGAUAACAUCCUAGUUAAAGGUUCUUCUGAUGAGGUCUCAAAAACUGAGGAUAGAAACUCAUCAACUUCAGAUGUAGCCUCUGCCUCUAAGGAACCGUCUAGUGAAAGACACUGGGGACGUGCCCAUGGGAAGAGAAACCUUUCCAUAGAAUCUAUUGAACUCUCAGCUGAGGUGGACGAGGCCGAUGCUGACGUUGAAAGACUUGAGACAACCAAAACAGAGCUACAAAACAGAAUUACAGAGGAGGUUAAGAACAAUAAAGUUCUACAUUCUAGUUUGGAGAGACGGAAGAAGGCUUUGUACGUGAGACGCGAAGCUCUAGAGAAAGAUGUGGAAAGGCUACAAGAACAGUUGCAGCAAGAGAGAGACAAGAGAUCAGCUUUGGAAGUAGGACUGAAAAUGUCAAAAGGGAAUAAACCUAUUCAAGAAACAACUGAUGUAAAGUUGAAUAAAGAUCUGCAAGAAGUAGCUCAAGCAGAGGAUGAUAUUACCAACUUGGAGCAUAAGGUUGAUGAUCUUGAAAACAGACUUGGUAAACAAGACGUGAAAGCCUCUGGUGCAAGCAAAGGAUCUCGGAGAAGUCCAGAGCAUAAUGCAAAAAUGAAGGAGAAACAAAAGGAUACAGAAGCAGCAGCCUCCACGCUCAAGGAAGGGCAUUGGGAUGCAAGAGGAAAUGAGAAAGAGAGGCAACAUGAGCCACGUGGCAAAAGCUCGCAGAAGCUUGCGGGCACGUCUAAGAGGUCUGGCUCAAAGGGAGAGGGAAACACAACAACGACUUCUGCACUUUCCAAAUUGACAAUGAGACUCAACUUCCUCAAGGAGAGACGUAGUCAGAUCGCUAACGAGCUUUCAAACAUGGACAAAGGAAAAAGCAGCUCAGGGCAACCCAGUCCAUCCUCGGGGCAAAAGCGCAGUCCCCAGGAGACUGAAAGAGGAGGAACAGGUUCGAACCAGAACCAGAACCAGGAUUCAGACAGCAGCAAACUCAAUAGCCCGCAUGUUCUUGACCGAGGAAGAUCAGACAACGGAGGAGAUAGAAGCAAAGGAUCCGGUGGAGGAAACCAUCCCAGCACUACACCAAGGACCUUCUCCAGAUGAUAUCGGUCACUGAGAGCUGCUUAAACCCAACUCCCCCCAGAUGUACAGUCACUAUUUAACUCCAGGUCCUAUGCUUAUUCUUUUCUCCCCCAACCGACAAAUAACAGAUUCAUUCUUUAUUAGUUCUCUCUCUCCUCUUGCUUCAAAGAAUCAAAUAAACUACACUCUCUUUUUUUUUUUAUUGUGUUAUUGACUGUUCAGUGGAUAUAUGUUACUAUGGUAGAGACAUUUACAUCAGUAUAGAAACAAAACAAAAAAUUGAAUUGUAUGUAACAACUAACAACAGUGCUUGCUUGAACAAAAUCAUAAAUGAUUCCUCUGCUAGUA